AUGGAGGACAGAGGCUCACCUGCCUUGGAAAAGGACUGGAAGUGUCCGUGUAGGAACCCAUCCUCGUUGGCAUCCUCCGAGGGCCCUGCUGUGCAGACCUCCCCCCAGCUCAGCAAGUCUAUGUCCUCAGCCCACAGACACCUGAGCAGAAGGAAUGGGCUCUCGAAACUCUGCCAGAGCAGGAUGACACUCUCCGAAGACAGAUGGACCUCCUAUUGUCUCUCGUCACUGGCUGCCCAAAACAUUUGCACAGGGAAAGUGCAGUGCCCAGCCAUGGCUGAGCAGGCAGACCCAGCUGGCUUCCUGGGUAGCACGUCCUGCUGCUCACUGCUGCGCGGCUUGUCCUCGGGAUACUCCACGCCCUUGCUCCCGUCCCCUGCUGGCAACCCUAACAAGGCCAUCUUCACAGUGGACGCCAAGACCUCAGAGAUCCUCGUUGCCAACGACAAUGCUUGCCGGCUCCUGGGAUACAGCAGCCAUGAUCUGAUAGGCUUGAAGCUCACACAGUUCUUCCUGAAGCCAGACUGCGAUGUGGUGGAAGCGCUCAGUGAGGAGCAUGUGGAGGCUGACGGCCACGCUGCUGUGGUGUUUGGCACAGUGGUGGAUGUUGUGAGCAGAAGCAGCGAGCGGAUCCCAGUGUCCGUGUGGAUGAAGAGGAUGAAGCAGGAGCCUCGCCUGUGCUGUGUGGUUGUGCUGGAGCCCGUGGAGAGGGUAUCAGCCUUGGUCUCUUUCCAAAGUGAUGGAACGAUCACGUCGUGUGACAGUGUCUUUGCCCAUCUGCACGGCUACGAGUGUGGGAACGAGGUGACUGGGCAUCGCAUCACAGACCUGAUCCCUUCCGUGCAGCUCCCUGCACCUGGCCAGCCUAUCCCACAGAAUCUCAAGAUUCAAAGGUCUGUUGGAAGAGCCAAGGAUGGUACCACCUUCCCGCUGAGCAUAAAGCUGAAACCUAAGCCCAAUAGCAAGGAUCCAGAAGCCGGCCAGGUGGCCUCUGAGCAAGGUUACUCGGCAUCCAUCUGGGUGUUCUCCACCAUCAGUGGCCUUAUCACCCUCCUGUCGGACGGGACCAUCUAUGGCAUCAAUCAUAGCUUCGCACUGAUGCUGUUUGGUUAUGGGAGGACCGAGCUCCUAGGCAAGAACAUCACUUUCUUGAUCCCUGACUUCUACCAUAUGGACCUUGUAUCUGAGGGCUACUUACCACUGCCAGACCUGGUCAGCCACCUGAACAUGGGAAAUCAGAGUGGGCCUGAGGAAACGACUGUGGACCCCCUGCCGGGCUGGAGCACGGCUGAGAAUCCAGGGGUUAAUGGCAUGCCCACUGGUGACAACAUGCUGCCCCCAGACAGGACCCCAAAGCCUGCGGGAAGCCAAGAAGCUGUCACGGGGACUCAGACUCAAGAGGACACUGGAGCCCAGCUCCCAUCUCCUCUCUCAUCUCUGCCCACUCUGGGGGGGUACAGCAUCCCAGGAGGAAGCCCACCAGCCCAGGAGCAGUCAUUGCCUGAGCACCAGUGGAAUAUUCCAGAAGGAAGCCCACCAGCUCAGGUGUGGUCAUUGCCUGAGGACCAGCAGGACACUGUCCUGGAGAAGCAGGAGCCUACAGGAACAGAGAUCCUGUGCCAGGAGCUUUUGAGAGGAAGCAGCUCUGCCUCAGUGGUCAUAAGACCCUUUGCUUCCUAUGAAGAUUCUGAAGCUCUGACCCCAGCUGAGGACAGGAGCUGGGAUGAAGUGUGUGGAUUGUCCCAGGAAGCACAGAUGGAGUGCAUGGGUUUGAGCACUGACAACCAUCAGGCUGAUGCUGCGGGACAGCUGGCAGGGGUGGGCCUCCCAGUGCUGCACCCUGGGUGUGGGGCUGAGUGGGGCACAUCCCAGGGGAGCCCAGCUAUGGCCGCCAGUCCCUCGGGGAUAGCGCAACUCUCACUUCCCAUACCUGCUUUGGAGGAGCAGUGGCUGGGAGCACAGGACAACAGGGAGGAGCUGCAGACUUGCUUACUGAAGGAGCAGCUGUCCAAGCCGAACUUUGGGAGACCUCAGGACAUCUCCUCCAUUGAGCUGGUCCUGGCAGACCAUACCUCCUCCUCAGCCCCUGUGUCGCUGUGUGACCUGGGAGGCAGAGACCUGUACAGUGGCCGCUCUGGCAGCUCCUCAGCCCGUUAUGCCCUAGCCACAGACCUCCCCGGUGUCUUUGACACAGUGGAGGUCCCAGAGGCUGACGGAAAUUCCUUUUUAUGGAACCUCAAGGAAGUGUUUUACAGCCGGUGGGCAGAUCGAACUUCUUCCAACUGUUCCUGUGCCUCGUCUGAGCUCGUGGGAACAGCCUCCCCUUCCCUGGCUGGCUCCAAUGUGGAUGUGAGCACUUUGCAUGGGCAUGGGGAAGAGGUUCUGGCUGACAGGGAGCUGUUGUUGCUGACUGGUACUUAUUUCAGUCAUGGUGAAGGCCGGCAGUUCUGUGAGACCAAUCUGGGCCUCAUUCAGACAGAACCAUCUGACACCUCAGAAUGUGAAGAUGUGAGUGGCAGAGAGAGCCGUGGCUGUGUCCUUCCCAGGUUGGGAUCCAGCCCCACGCACAUGUGCCCGUUAGAGGAGCCCAGGCCAAGCAUCCAGGUCACCUCCACGCCUGUGAGAGGGGAUAGCUCGGCGACGUCCGAGGCCACCAGCCUGCAGCGGGAGAUCCAGGAGGGCACCUACUUGGGGAGCUGCUGCCACAAAGAUGGCUCACUGCUGAGUGUUCAGUUUGAAGUGAAGCGGGUAGAGCUCCAAGGCCCUGCUCCCCUGUUCUGCUGCUGGCUGGUGAAAGACCUCCUACACAGCCACCUGGCCUCGGCCACUCGUACCCAACUGUUGCUGGCCAGCCUGCCCAGCUCCACGCACUCCGCGUGUGAGCAUCUUGGAUCCAGCCCAGGGGAGAUGCUCAGAAGCAGACCGUGGUUUGAGGAGCCCCCCAAGGCAGGAGAGUUGGAGGGGCUGGCAGCCUGUGAGGGUGCGUACUCUCAAAAGUACAGUACGCUGAGCCCACUGGGCAGCGGGGCCUUUGGCUUCGUAUGGACUGCUCUGGACAGGGAUCAGAAUAAGGAGGUGGUGGUGAAGUUUAUUAAGAAGGAGAAGGUUCUGGAAGAUUGUUGGAUCGAGGAUCCCACACUUGGAAAAGUUACGUUGGAAAUAUCAAUCCUGUCCAGAGUGGAGCAUGCCAACAUCAUCAAGGUCCUGGACAUAUUCGAGAACCAGGGCUUCUUUCAGCUGGUGAUGGAGAAGCACGGUUCUGGCCUGGACCUCUUUGCGUUCAUUGACCACCAUCCCAGCCUGGAUGAGCCGUUGGCCAGUUACAUCUUCCGACAGCUGGUGUCGGCAGUGGGAUAUCUCCGCUCAAAGAGCAUCCUUCACCGGGACAUCAAGGAUGAGAACAUUGUCAUUGCCGAGGACUUCACCAUUAAGCUCAUAGACUUCGGCUCCGCUGCCUACUUGGAAAGGGGCAAACUGUUCUACACCUUCUGUGGGACAAUCGAGUACUGUGCGCCUGAAGUUCUCAUGGGGAAUCCUUACAAGGGUCCGGAGCUAGAGAUGUGGUCCCUGGGAGUCACGCUGUACACGCUCAUCUUUGAGGAGAACCCCUUCUGUGAGCUGGAGGAGACCCUGGAAGCUGCAAUAAACCCCCCGUACUUGGUGUCGGAAGAUCUCAUGAACCUCAUGUCUGGGCUGCUGCAGCCUGUCCCUGAGCAGCGUACCACCUUGGAGAAGCUGGUGACAGACCCUUGGGUUACCCAGCCCGUGAACCUUGCAGACUACACCUGGGAGGAUGUGUGUGGAAUAAACAAGCCAGGAAGUAGAGUCCUAUCCACUGUGAGUCUGGAUAUGGAGAGCAGGAGCUCCAAUGAAGUGGCUCAGCAUCCCGAGCUGAAGGCGCCCCCUAAUAGUCCUCAUCCAUUCAGGACAAGUAAUUCUCAAGAUGGAGCCCAAUUCAUCUAA